CUGUUAAUCUGACUGGUAACCUACUGUAACCCCCAUCCCAUGCCCAUCUAUCUAUAAAAGGCCCCAAGCCAUUUGCUUGACCCCAUCCCCUCCACUCUUCAUUCCCCCUUCUAGCAGCCUCCCUCGUCUCUAGCUACCACCAGCGUAUAAAUAUAUUAUAUAGUGUUCCCCACAUUGCAGCUAUCUAGCUAGCUAGCUAGUUAAGUGCGUUUUUUAGAUUAGCAAAUUAAGUAAUCGAAUUGAGAUGGGGGAUCUGAGGGGUGAGUUGGAGGUGGAAGUACAGCUCAAGUCUCCGACUGACAAGUUCUAUGACGUGUUCAGGGGUAAGGUGCACCACUUGCCCAACUGCACCCAGAGGAUUCAGGAUGUCAAGCUCCAUGAAGGCGAGUGGCACUCUCAUGGCUCCGUCAAGCAUUGGACCUAUGUCCUGCCCGAUGGAAAAGUGGAGAGUGGAAAAGAGAAGUUCUAUAUAGACGAUGAGAAUAAAACGCUGAGGUUUGACUUCUUUGAAGGAGACCAAUUGAAGGACCUUAAAGUGUUCAACGCAAUAUUGAAGGUGAGUCCCAAGGGCGACAAAGGUGGAGUGGCGCACUGGACCUUGGAGUACGAGCGACGCAACCCAUCUAUCCCUCCCCCUCACCACUACCUCGAUUUUGUUGUACAUCUCACCAAAGAACUCGAUGCUGCUCUAGCAAGUGCUUAAUUCUCUUCUCCAUCUAUAUAUAUAUAUAUUAAUCCACCUACCUCCUCAAUCAUUUCCAUCCACAUCCAUUCCAUAUGUAAUAAACUCCCUCUCUCUCUUUAUAUAUAUAUAUAUAUAUAUGUUAUAUUAUGUAUAUAUGUGUGUUUUCAAUACUCCUCUGCAGGGUGUGUUAAGCUUUUCUUUUGUAUUUUAUGAUUUGGCUUGAUGGGUCGUCCGUCAUGCCUGUCUGGCUAGUUCAAAUGAAUGGUUUUGUUUGUUUAAUAAAAGCUCUAGUUCGAUAAUGUAUUAAUGGCGGUGGUGCUUUGAUUCACUCGCCAUGCACUUCUGUAUUUUAUAAUACAUAUAUAUGCAAUUUGGGUGCGGGGUUAUUCAAA